UUUUGGGGAAAAAUUAAAUCUCUUUUUGUCUUCUCUCUGUUACGGCUUCAGAAUCGCCAUCCGAUGGUUGGACUCAUCAUCGGGACUUGUCGCGAACCGGAGCUCCGUUGUAUGAGGAACAAUCAUCAUCAUCGUGUUGGUGUUUAUCCUUUUUGGUCCCAGGACAGAACUAAAUGAGUUUUCUCUGAGCAUUGCUUGGUUUCUGGAUUCUAUGCGUCGCCGUUCUUCGUCGUUCCUCGCCGUGUAGAUCUCCUUCACUUACUCGGCUCCUCUCAUACAAGACACUAUUCGUCGUCACUUUUCGAUUCUGUAGUUGAAUUGAUAGUUGGCAUCUGAAUUUGUUUUCUCCGAUUUUGGGAUUGAAAAUUGCAGAAGAGAAGAGUGUUGUUGUUGGAUAGAGUAAGUCAGAAAAUGUUUACAAAUAAUCAAAGACAAGAAGAACGUACUGGAAAACAUGGAACACCUAGGCUUCAAUAUCUUCAGGAGCUAGUGAGUCAGUUUCAAAAUGCAACUGAUGAAGAAACAAAGGAGAGAAUUGUAGCAAACUUGGCGAAUUUUGCGUAUGACCCUUAUAACUACACUAUUUUACGUCAGCUAAAUGUCUUGGAACUAUUCGUAGACUGUAUAACAGAGCCAAAUGAGAAGCUUGUAGAAUUUGGGAUAGGAGGAUUGUGCAACGCCUGUGCUGAGCCAAAAAAUGUUGCUACCAUUGUCGAGGUUGAUGGAAUUCCUUUUAUAAUCAAAUGUUUAUCAAGUCCUGUACGGAACACUGUGAACUACGCGCUUGGGGCUUUGUACUACAUGUGUGACUAUAACAGAGCAACAAGAGAGGAGAUUUUGAAAGCAGAAGUGGUGGAUCUCAUCGAGAGGUAUGCAGCGGCUGAAUCAGUCAGUGUAAGCUUUAGUAACUUGGCUAAGGCGUUUCUUGAUAAGCAUGUUCAUACAAACACAUGAGAUUCUUGAAUUUUAUCUUCUCUAUUUUUGGUUCUUAAGUAGUUGGAUUCAGCUUGAAAAUGCCAAAGGUUACCAGUUUUUGUGUAGCAAUGGGCCAAAACGCAAACACUACAAUGAAUGUUUUGAUUGGGAAUGCGUUUAGUUGCGUCUUGUGAGAAUCAAUGAAGUGAGAACAAACAUCUUUUUGCU